ACCCAGCUCAGGCUGUUGGUCCUGUUAAUUUGCAUUCUCAAUUGAUCUCUCUGAUAUACGAUCUGAUUAUCUGCUGCUCUCCCACGACGCCCAUGACAUCGAACGGGACCGCAUUCAUUGGCUGGACACCAUCUCCAGACGGAAGAGGUACCUAUGAUAUUAUAGUGACAUGCCUAGUCACGACAUUUUUAUGCUGUUGGACCUCGGUUUAUCCCAACAUUCCUGCGCUGGAAGAUGACUUUUGGAGCUCGAUUAGAGAUAAACUCGGACUUGCAUGCUUGGGAUUGCUGGGUCCUGAGUUUAUUAUAGUGUUGGCUAUCGGACAGAAGUCUUCGGCUCGGAGAUCUGUUGUUAAAUUCAAGCAAGCAGGAUAUACACGAUGGACGAUCACGCAUGGCUUCUUCGCCGAUAUGGGUGGAUUUGUACUUGCCGCUACGGAUCUCCCGCGACCGAUACCUCUUAAUGCCGAGCAGCUAUUUUACCUAGUCAGCAACUCAUAUGUUAACUACCCCGACACCAGUGACCGCGAGCUCAAGGAUAGGAACAAGUCAGAUGGUCUAGCAAGACUCAUAACCCUAUGGCAAGGAACCUGGUUCGUCAUAACCUUUAUUGCCCGACUGAUCCAAGGACUUCAUGUGACAACCAUGGAGCUCACGGCAGUUUCAUUUGUCAUUAUUCUUUUUGGAACUGCAUGGUGUUGGAAAGACAAGCCAUCUGAUGUCGGGACGACAAUUACUGUUCCCUGCCUUACUACGAUGGAAGACAUAUUGACUCGCGAAGGACGUCAGCCAGAUCAGCCGUACUAUCAAACCCCUCUAGACUUCAUCAGCAGAGACGAAACCGCGCUGAACCUCGCUUGGCAAUAUUACAACGAACUCUCACGCAAGAUCCUCUUCUCCCCCUUCUCACGGCGGGUCAAAAAAGUCCCAUGGGACCGAAACCCCGGCGAUAUCUUCCUCCGAAUGGAUUUUGAUCUGGAACUAGUCGGCGUCGCAUUCAUCUUCGUCUUCAGCGCCGUCUUCCUAGGGGCCUGGAAUUUCUCGUUUCCCAGCACUGUAGAGCGAGACUUUUGGCGCGUAGCUAGUGUUUACAUGCUAGCUUACGGCAUGUUUGGUGCGCUAUGGAUGGAACUGUGCAUGUGGAUCUUCAUACCGCAGUAUCGCCUCGCUGAGGGUCUUGAACUGAGUCUUGUUGAGCAAGCUCUUGAUCAACGACCGCAUCCUGUGAGGAACUGGCACUAUAGAUUCCAGAAUUGGAGAAGAAGUCGGUUUAGCAAGAUAAGAGGUACUAGAGAUUCUGAUGGGGAAGGACUGACAUCACGACGACCGAAGAAGGGCAUUCUUGCUUUUCUGAGCAGGACAUACAACAUUUCGCAGGGCAGAGAUCCACAUCUAGGCGUUCAGGUCGGAUUUCUGAUCGUCACGUCUUUCUUGUGCGCCUCCUACUGUGUUUUUCGGCUAUUUAUUUUUGUUGAGGACUUUAUUGGGCUGAGAGCGUUGCCGUCAAGUGCGUACCAGACGGUGGAAUGGGCAGAGUUCAUCCCUCAUAUCUAAAAGCAGCUGAUGUCAGAACUGGACAACUGGCAAUAUUAAGAAGAAAUAGAAUUUUAGUUACAUUGAAUUAUAAAAGUCUUAUUUCGGGUUGAGUGA